AUGAUUCUGCCAGUGGUGUUCGUGUGUCUCGCAGCUGUGCUGCCUCUGUCCACUGGAGAGGUCCCGAGCUAUGCGCCUCUCCCUCUGCUCACAGUCCCAUCCUCUCAACGUGAACCUGAAGGUUUUGAUGCUCUGUCAACUAGCAAAGCGGGUCAGCAGAAGCUGAUUGUUGACAGACAUAAUACCCUCAGGAGAGGAGUAAACCCAACUGCCAGCAACAUGUUGAAGAUGGAAUGGUGUCCUCCGGCUGCAAAGAAUGCCCAAAAAUGGGCCAAUCAAUGUACUUUAAGUCACAGUCCUGCUAACGUACGGAGAACCACUGUACAAUGUGGUGAAAAUCUCUUCAUGUCAUCCGCCCCUUUCUCAUGGUCAGAUGUUAUUCAGGCCUGGUACAAUGAGGAGAAAGAUUUCAAAUACGGAACUGGAGCAAAAACAGAAGGUGCUGUGAUUGGCCAUUACACUCAGAUGGUUUGGCACAAUUCUUAUCAAAUUGGAUGUGCUGUCGCUUUCUGCCCCAACAGUAAAUACAAAUACUUUUAUGUCUGCCAGUACUGCCCCACGGGGAAUCUACAGAGUUCAAUUCAGACACCCUACAAAAAAGGAGAACCCUGUGGUGAUUGCCCUAAUGCUUGUGAGAACGGAUUAUGCACCAAGCUUUGA